UGAACUGUUGCUGCUACUGCUUUUUAUCCGUGUGAAAAAUGUUAUCCGCUAUUUGGCGUCGCAGUUGUGGCCACUAAUCUCACCUCAGAAACAAAAAGUCUGCCUUUUUUAGUGAGUUGGCACACUUAAAAGAUUUGAAAAGGUUGUGUAAGCCAUGAUCUGAGGUGGACAUAGACUCACACACAUCAAUCAUGUCUCAGUCUGAAUCCUGUGCAACUGUGUGGGACUGGUUAUGUGUGCUUCGUCUGGAGCAGUAUUAUGAUGCAUUUCAGAGUGCCGGGCUGGCAACCUCACGACAGUGUCGCAGCCUCACACCAGAUCAGCUGGAGCAGAUGGGCAUCACCCUGCCAGGUCACCGGAGGCGCAUCCUGGCUAGCCUGAACAAAACACACGGUAACAGUGAUACACAAUGUGACACACAAUGUGACGCAUACUCUCGCCUUGUACAGUCUGAGAGAGAUCAGAGAUUGGAGGAAACGCGACAUGCCAAAGUGUUGCAGAGAGAGAGACCUAUGCCUACCCCAGGGGAAGGAAAACUUGUCCUGGAGGAAAGGGAGAAAAGAGCUGGAGAGACGUUGAGACCUAUACCCAGGGAGAGAGAGAAACCAGUCCCCAGGGUGAGACAGGUGUCCAGGAUGAAAGAAAAAAGUGAAGAAGAAAGACAGACGAAGCCAGUUCCUGGACAAAGACAAACAGCACCUAGAGGAGGAAAAGGGGAGGAGAGGGAUGGAGGAAUAGAUGGACAGAUGGAGAGACCUGUGCCUAAAGAGAGGACUAAAUUUCGCUCUAGUGCUCAAGUGGACUGUAAUCCCAGCCCCUUUGUCGCUCCAGCUUCUGACACCUCUUUACCCCCUGUUCCUCCACGAAGCACCCCUAACUGCCCUCCACAGUGCUUCACCUCAUCCUUGAACAUCUCACCUCCUGCUCAAACCCCUUCCUCCCCUCAACUGGACACACAUACGGUUAAAGCCCCAGCUGUACAGAGCAGAUCUGUUUCCCAGAGUUGCACCCCCACCAGCGCCCCCACACACACACCUCUCCACCCUCCCAACUUCCCAACUCGGCCUCAGACAUUAGCCAUCCAGCCACGUGCCCAACAUUUGGGUAGUGAUGGAGGAAGAAAAACUUCACCCGUCUCCCCCAUUGCUUCACCCAGCGACGGCAGAAAUGCACCCCCUCUCCCUCCAAAAGUAGGGACAGGAUGUAAAGGCCCUCCACCAAUCCCACAGCGGAUUCUUGCACAGUCUCCCAGAACUCACAGCCCCUCUCCCACCUUGAUGGUCGCUGAUGAGAUGCAGGAAAACCAAACUCCACAGGUCCUACCUCGCAUCAGGACACCCUCUCAGACUUUCGAUAACACACAACAGUCAGCUCAACCGGACACUCAGCCAGUUCUGCCUGCUAAAAGUGUCUCCCAACCUACCCAUGAGUCCAGGUUGGGUUUGCUUGAUGAUAAUAUUGAUGACUACGAGGAUCCAGACUUGUUUCACCUCAGUCUUCAUAGAAUGAACACACCAGACAUGGAUGUGUCCCUGCACGUUCCUUGUCAGACUAAAGGACGGUACAAUUCCUUAUGCAGUGAUGACGGACUAUUGGAGGAGGAUGAUACCUUGUGGCAGGAUGGGGGCCUUAGCAACCUGCAAGGCAGUGUGUACCUGCCAAACACUGGCAGACUGGCUACAGCCACUAAAGAAGACAGCUCUCAGCUCACUGCUGUCAUCAAGAUGGGCUGGCUGGACAAGAAUCCACCUCAGGGGGCCCUUUAUUAUCAGAGACGAUGGGUAAAGCUGGAUGUUGACUACCUGAGAUAUUUUGACAAUGACAAGGAGGUGUACUCUAAGGGGAUCAUCUCUACUGCCUUCAUCACUAAUGUGACCAGUGUGGGGGAGCUGAAGUUUGAGGUCGUCACAAAUAACCGAACGUUUAUUUUCAGGGCUGAAAGUGAAGUUGAGAGAAACGACUGGGUGACUGUACUGCUGGACUGCACCAGGGGGCGCUCUCAUCCCAACGUCAUGAGCCUCGGCUCACCUUUGACCCCAGACCAUCAGGGCUAUCUGGAGCUUAGAGGGUUACGCUCUAAACUUUAUACUGUUGUUGCCUCAGAUAAAGUCUUCCUCUACAAAAGCAUUGAGGACUACCGUAUAGGUGUGGGUAUCACAUCUAUUGAGAUGAAUGUGGGAAAUGUUAAAGACACAGAUCGUCGUAGCUUUGAUCUCACCACACCUUACCGCAUAUUCAGUUUCAUCGCAGAGUCAGAGCAGCUGCGAGAGCAGUGGGUGGACGCCAUGCGGGUUGCCAUAGGUGAGGCCUUGUCAAAUAGCGAGGUGGCAGAGCGGAUCUGGGCGGAGCCUAGCAACAGUCUCUGUGCUGACUGUGGGGCUCCCAAGCCGGAAUGGGCCGCUAUCAACUUGUGUGUGGUGGUCUGUAAACGAUGCGCAGGAGAGCACAGAGGACUGGGUCCUAGUGUCUCAAAGGUUCGUAGUCUGAAAAUGGACAAAAAGGUCUGGACAGAGGAGCUUGUACAGGUGUUUCUAUUGCUAGGCAACGAGCGGGUAAACAGUUUCUGGGCAGCUAACAUCCCGCCGAGUGAAGCCUUGACUCCCUCUAGUUGCAGCGAAGAUAGACGGCGCUUCAUCGCCAACAAAUACCGCCAGGGAAAAUACAGGAAGUACCACCCUCUGUACGGAAACCAGAGAGAGCUCAACAAUGCUCUAUGUAUAAAUGUGCAAUGCAGUGAUGUGCUGGAGACGUUGAGCCUGAUUUUCUGUGGCGCAGAUGUGAAUUGUUCAACUGGUAUGGCAAGUUUGCCCACCCCUCUCUCCCUGGCCAACGCACACUCACAACCCUUACAGGCUGAGCUACUAAGCCACAAUCUCAACACAGAGCUACCACGGUCAGAGGUGGGCGAGGCCAUGGAUGCAAUACAUUACUCAGCACCACCUUGUGUGUCUCACAAUGGUUUCCUGUUCAAGACUGCAUCCAUGGCUCGGGCUAUCACGGAGCGUAAAGGGAAAGAGGAGUUCAGUCGCCGCUGGUGCACGCUGAAUGAUGGCACCUUCAGCUACUAUGAGAGUGACAAGAACUCGAACCCUAAUGGAUCUCUGAAGGCUUCGGAGAUAGCCUGUUUGGCUGUCGACCCCACUGAGAAACACGGGUAUGAACAUUCCUUUGAACUGUACUCAGAGUCAGAGCGUCUCUAUCUGUUUGGCACUGAUCAACCAGACAGCCACAAGGAAUGGGUCAAGUCUAUCGCCAAGAGCUUUAUCCCAGCUACUGCAGAGCCUUUACUGAGGUUGGGCUUUGAGCGGAUUGGGCGACUGAAGUAUAAAGAUGGCUUGAACCUACAAACAUCGAAGGUCGGUUGGUUUGCCCUGGUGGGUUCCAAACUUCACGCCUACCUGGCGGACAGCCAGGGAGAGGAGAUCCACCUCCGCAAGCUGAAUGAACUCUCAAUUCAGCAAGACAACGAGGUGCUGGUUCUGGUGGAGAAAGGCAGAACGCUGUACAUAGAGGGAGAGAGGAAGUUGGAUUUUGCCGGCUGGUGUGGGGCCAUCCAGGCAGCAGCGGGGAGUGGAGGAGACACACUGAGCCAACAGCAGCUGACAGAGACAGACAUCCCUGUCAUAGUAGACAGCUGCAUCGGCUACAUCACACAGUGCGGAAUGACAUCUGAAGGGAUCUAUCGUAAGAGCGGCGUGAACUCCCGUGUGGCAGCGCUGUGCGAGAGAUUCCGUCGCGAUGCUCGCAGUCUUUGUCUGCGGGAAGGAGAGCACCAGGUGGACGACGUCUCCAACACGCUCAAACGCUUCUUCAGGGAGUUAGAAGAAGGACUGUUCACGUCAGAGGAUGCCAGCACCUGGCUCAGUACUGCUGCCAUCCAGGAUGAAAGUAUGAAAAUCUCCCAGUACCAGCUGCUGUUGAACAGACUCCCUCGUGUCAACAAGGCUACACUACAAGCCCUUAUCAACCACCUCUACUUGGUGCAACGUUUUUCUGAGCAGAACCAGAUGAACCUCCAUAACCUGGCCAUAGUUUUCGGUCCCACGCUGUUCCAGACCGACGGGAAGGACUAUACUGCUGGCCGCGCCAUAGAGGACCUCAUACAGCACUACACACUGAUCUUUGAGGUGGAUGAGCAGCAGCUAAAGAAGCAGCUAGACAUGAUCGAAGCUAUCAACCAAAUGCGAGAUAAACUCAGCACAAAGUUUCCUAGUACUGAACCUGGAGGACACUUCAUCUGUACCGUGUACCUGGAGGAAAAGAAGGACACAGCAGAGCAACAUGUCAAGAUCCCUGGUGCUAUGACAGCUGCAGAGCUGACCUGUGAGGUUCUGGACCUGCGUAACAUAUCGGUUAAACGCAAAGAAUACUGGAGCUGUUGGGAGGUCAGCGACAAGGAGGAAAUGGAACGUCCACUGCACUAUCAGGAGCGAGUCCUACCCAUCCUUCACUCCUUUGGCACAGACUCCCAUCUGCUCAUCAAGAAACACCUCGCUAUGGACGCGAUGAUCAUCUACCUGGCCAAUAAAGUGGAUGCGUCCAAACAAGGGAUGAUGAAAUUCAGAGAAGAGCGGAGCAUCUUGGGGCUGUCCACUGGAAGUUUCCACGAUCGAUAUUUUAUCCUCAAUUCCAACUCUCUCAGAAUGUACAAGGAAGUCAGAAGUAACCGUCCAGAACGUGACUGGCCUGUGAAAAGCCUGACGGUCUACCUGGGUAUUAAGAAGAAACUCCGUCCUCCCACAUGUUGGGGACUGACAGUGGUGUAUGUGAGUAAGAAACAGGAGAAGCCAGACAGACAGCAGUGGUAUAUCUGCUGUGACACCCAGUCAGAAAUGAGGGAGUGGUAUGCUACUUUUCUCACUAUCCAGUCCGACGGCAACGUUUGGCCUGAGGACGGACUCCAGCAGACACGGGUGAGCCGCGUGAUACCGGACACACGUCAUGGUAACGUGUCACUGAUACCACUACGCGGAAGUGAGAAUGAGAUGCGGAACAGUGUAGCAGCUUUCAGCCAAGACCCGCUUGCCCUUUUUAGAGAUGUUCGAUAAUGGUCGCUGCAAGAAAGGCGUACUGUCGGCCCCAGAUGACCUCAGAACAUCCCAGUGACAUCACUCCACGCCUGUAAGGACCAGAAAGACAGACAAUCUUUCUUUAUGUGGAUUAUGGCCUUACACUGCCAUCCGGUCCUUUUGAAUAUGAAGUGGACCAAAUAGUAAACAGACAACAGGAUCACAUGUGAAAUAUAACCUCCACUGGUUUCCCUGCACAAAUGAAUUUUACUUGACUUGAUGUACGGUAGAAGCUACUGGGACAGUUUGAUUGACUACAAUCAACCUUAAGAUUUUCUAACUCGCCAAACGUUCCACUUUUUCCAUUGGUCAGUGUGACUCAAUCACUGCAUUGCAUUAUGGGACAGAGGCAUGAAAGACGUGCUGAGAGAAACCUUAAUUUCUUUAAUGUAUUUGUUAUUCUAGGCACUAUCAUUGAAUGCUUAAUUUUUUUAAAUAGAGGAUUGAAGUUAUUUGACCUGCAGUUGUAGCUGAAUCUGAUUUAUAAUUUUGUGAUGUUUAUAGCACUUUCUGUUCUAUUGCUUAAAGAAUUGUCAAAAUUGCUAUUGUAAGCUUAUGUCAGUGGACACUGUGACCUGAUUUUGUCCAGUGUUUGUUUCACGGGGACCAAGACAACGACACAGAGAAAAGCUGAGAUAUGACGGGUGAUGGAAAGGACAUUUGCCAGUAGCUGUGUAAAACCACGCACAGACUUGCAUAUCUGCGAUUGUGUCCAUUUGUCUGCAUAUGUGCACCAAUGUGCAUGCAGUAUGUGUGAAUAUGUGUAUGCGUGUUUGUGAGUGGACAAGUGUGUUUUUUUUAUGGAGUGAAGGAAGGAGAGGCAUGUGCUGAAAAAAAACAAAAACUUUUCUUCAGAUUAAAAGAAGGAAGUCAAAGUUGAGGUCAAUAUGGCUUUUUUGAGAAAUUGUUGAAAUAUGUGAUAAAAUACGUGAAGGACUUUACCAUUAUCCCCUAUUCUGAAUCAAAUAGACUGAGUGACAUUAAGGAGGUCACAUUUCAAACCACGGUCACUUAUUCAAAACAGUGUUUUUGCCCCGGCCUGAUCAGUGGUUUUGUCUGUCCCCAUGAGCUCUUCGUGUCCUCACAUGGUCCCCAGCACUGCCUCCUCUCUAUACGUCAUUUUCUAAAUCCUGUGAUGCUUAGAGACAAUAUACAGCACAUGAGCAGUUCUGUCAUUACUAGCAAUAUAUUUAUGAAGUUUUAGAUUAUGAAUUAGUCACAUUGGAAUAUACAUGUUUUUCUUUUGUUCGUUAUGCACAACAUAGAACAGUCUAUUGUUAAACUAUUGUUAAAGUUUGUUCAUCGAAACCCCCGAAACAGGGCACAGAAGUUCCUGUCUGUAAGCACAGAAAACACAUUAAAGGGCGUUAUAAUAUUCUUUCCUUAUACUUGGAUCUAAACUUGUAUAUAUUUUGUCAAAAGGACAGCCAUUAAACAAUCUGUAUUAACCUGUCGACAGUUUCCUUAGCAGCUUCGUUGAACUGCCCGUCUUCACCACCUUGUAGUGUUGCCUCUGUCUGUCAGGCCUCUGUCUGCCUGUAGCUUUUCCCUAUUGUAAAGAUUUCUUAUUUAUUUGGAGAGCAGAGGACACUAGGUGCUACACCUCUGCUGGUGAUAGAUCAUGGAGUUAGUUUUGAGCACCUUUUAAGUGUGUGUGUGUGUGUGUGUGUGUGUGUGUGUGUGUGUGUUAGCUGCUCUCCAGCCCAGACCUCAACAGGACUCGAGAGAAGACUGUGUAGUAACCUAAUUACACUCCAUAUGGAAAGUCUUUAUUCCCUCCAUGGGUUAGACUUCAUUUGGAUAGUCUGCCUACAGAUAAUUAAUACAGUAUUUGUAACAUUUCAACAGCUUAUUAGUUGAGACUCAACAGUUGAACUGUUCCAUGUUUCAUCUUGGUUAGGGUAUGUUCAUGAAUUGUCACAUCUACUUGAAACAGCUGAAAUGUUUUAAAAUAUUCUGUAAAUUAUCUGCAGGCAGAAUAUCCAAAUAAUGUGUUACCCCUCCAUGUACUUUGUUUCAUGUUUUAUUGUUUUUAAUGUUGAAUCACAGUGGAUGUACCAUAAGUACUUUUUUGACUCUCAUCAGAUAAAGUGAAAGCAGAUAUUUACAAAUUGAUCAAAAUCAGGUACAAAUAUUAAACACAAAAUAAUUGUUAGUGUAAGUAUUGCGCCCUGAAGUCAACAAGCUCUGUCAAGUUGCAUGGGAGCUGCGAGCAAACUGUCAAUUGUACAUCAUGUCACAAAGCUUGGAUUGAAUUAGUUUGGGCCGUGGGACUUUUCUGUUCUGCAUUUAUUUAUUUGACCCUCCACCUUCACAAGUCUGCACGGCGGCAUCAGGUUUAGGAGAUGCUUCUCUCCACAGCAUGAAGCUUCUGUGACAGGCUUCAUUCUGGGGAUGGUGAUGUGUGAUAUCUGGCUAAUCAAACAAUGCAAUCUUACUCCACUUUGUUUCAAAGUCUGGAUCCAUAACAGCAGCUGGUGAAGCACCAGUGUAGCAGCAGCUGUGUUCACUGUUUCUCCCAUCGUGCUGUCUCCACAGACUUCUUGGUGGCCUCCUUUUAUGUUAGUGGCCCUUUUUACAUGGUCAGUUGUUCUAGGCAGAUUUCCAGUUGUGCCAUUUUCUUCAUUUCCUUCAUAUUUUUUUUGUUUUGUCUAUCUUAAGGGUAAUUUAGUUCUCUGGAAAUUUUCUUGGAUCUUUCCUCCGAAUGGUACUUUUCUUUUUUAACUCACAGAUUUGUCCUCAGUUUUUAUAUAAAAAAAUGAAUUUUCUUUGUUGUGACUUCUGAAGACAUUUGACUGCAGCCAUGAUGGCUGAAUACAUUUGCAAACAAUUAUUUUAUUCAAAACGUCCUUUAGUACAUCAGUGAUUCAGUGUUGUAAAACAAUAAAAAGUCAAGCUGGGGGUGGAGAGUUAUUUUUAUAAACUGUCUAUAUUCUCACUCUCUUUCAGUCUCUUAUCUUCUUCUGUUGCUCUGCAUUUUACUUAUUUUGCGUUUCUGAAACUCUAAUAAACAAUUUCAGCUA